UUGUGAUUGGCUAAAAUGCCCAAGCACCGAAAGUCGAAAUUCGUGCGACGAGAGGACAGCUCGUUCUGGCACGUGAUCACGAUGCCAAUCGCGGCGCAGAGGAGCCUGCGGCUCGAUGACACCAUGAGUUCCUUUGCCGUACAGCACGACGUGACGAAGAUUCUUGAUGGUCUAUAUGUCGGUGGAAGAGGCGUCGUGGACGACCUGAUGGCCAUCCAGUCGCUUGGAAUCACACAUGUCGUCAAUUGCACAGAAGACAUUCCGAACUUCUUUGAUGGUACAUGCGCGAUCUGGAGCAGCGAUUAUGUCUACAUGAAGCAUGUAGGCACGUUCUAAUAUACUCACAUGUGGUAGAUACGCUGGAGUACCUCCGCGUUCCUGUGCCAGACGAUCCAGAGUCACCGAUUGACGAGUACUUUCCGGUCGUUGUCCACUUUAUUCAGAAUGCGAGGGACAAGGGCCAGACGUGUUUGGUUCAUUGUUCGCAUGGGAUGAGUCGAAGCGCAACCUUUAUUCUGGUGUACCUCAUCGAGCGGCAUGGCAUGAGUGUGCUGGAAGCGUUGCAGUAUACACGGACUUUGCGCCCCGUGAUCUCGCCCAACGUUGGCUUUAUGAGCAAAUUGCUUGACCUGGAGCGCCACACCCAUCAGCUGUGUAGUGUCGACCUGCAGAAGUAUAGAAAGGAUCGCUUUGCCGCGAUCGAGGAGCUCGUCAUGCUGUCACCCGCGAACGAAAGAGUGGUUGACGCGUAGGAGAUGCUAUUUAUAUCACGUUGUCCUGUGCCCGCGAGAAUACCAGUUUUGAAUAUGAACAAUGCCGGCAUGAAUGCUCGGCACGUCAUCAGUCUGGGGUGCGUAGUUGUUUGAGCUCGUGCGCAGCGGUUCCAUGCGCCGGGGAGUAAGUGAAGAUGUCUGUUGUGGGCAAUUUCUUGCCGACCUAUGGAUGCACCCUCGACCUACUUGUUCAACUCGAGGUUUUCAAUCAGCAUGGGAAGGUAGGUGACAGUCGUUGCAUCACUGCAACCCAAACUCGGCGCCACGCCCUGAGACAAAUCUUUCUUCCGUCGUUCACUUCAUCUUCUCCCAAGAUCAUGAUCACUCACCACACGAGAAUCGUUGUCGUCAUGCCCGUCCUUCUUGUCUUCUCCAUCCAGCCGCCUGCGUCCGCCCGGCCCAUGACUGGCCGCAUCAAAGGUGGCGCGUUCGCCCGAGUCGACCUAGUUCAAAAAUACCAUAAACAGAGCUUGUGGAAGACAUUUCAAAGCGAAG